UGCUUCAGUGACAUGUGCUUGCUUUUGAGAAAACCAGAACUCUUCAGAUUAGUACUUGGAAUAAUUACCAUGUUUAUUUUAUGUUUACCUGAAUUUUUCAAAAUCCAUGAAGCUAACACUGUAAUUGUGUCAUGCAUGGAUACCUGUUCAUCAAAUAACACCACUUUUCCACUUUGUACUUUUAACAAUUCUUGCAAAAGAUCAGUGCAACACAGAAGAGAAAACCAGACUAUUUUACUGAAGGCCAUUGUAAAUCAUUCCAAUUUCCAAAAUAUUCCAUGUAUUUGCCAGUCCUCCAGGAGGGAACAACAGUCCCAUACUGAACACACAGAGUGUGAAUCCAAGAGAGAUGUGAAUGUUGAUGAUCAAGGAUCAGGGUCAGUAGCUAAAAAAACAAAAGGCUCACUUGAACUGGAAACAGAAGAUGUUAUUGAUUUUUAUAAAUAUUUUAAUUUCACUACGGUUUCUGAGAAAGAAGAAGUAGAGCGUAAUACUUACUACCUGCUGGAAAUCCACAUCAGCAAUUCUAUAGUUGAAGGAAGAAAUGCAGCUGAAGAAUACCUAAAUCAUUCCUGUCUAGUGGCAAUGAUGGAAGACCAAAAUGACUGUAUAAAUAUUUCACUGCAACUGAAGUCUUACGUGGAAUAUCCAAUGUGUAUGACGAAGAUCGUUUGGCUCACUAUGAUUCCAGUAGUUUUUGUGUUUACUAUUUCAAUUGUCAUCUACAAAAUAGUCCAAGAAAAUGAACAAAACUGUUGUAAACACAGAGUAGCAGUAUCAGUUUCUACUAUUCUAAGAAGAAAGGGUUCCAGACAUGAAAGAAGAACCAUAUCUGCUACUAAAAUUCAUCCUUUUCCUGUGAAAACCAGCAAACAACAGAUUCCACUUACUGCACAGACCACAAAGAUACUGCCCAUAAUUCCUGAACAAGAGCAUUGUCAUGUGGGUGCAUCAACUGUAGAAGUUUCAGAUGUCACUAUAUGAAAUAUCAUUACUAUUGGAUGAAAGAAGACACAUCAUACACCACAGAAGCAAGCAUCUCCAUUUCCAGUUUGGGGAGCUAUGUCAUCCGUCCUUUCAUGAGAAUGCCAACUAUGCAUUUUAGUUGAGAAGCUUCAUUUUAUCCAUCACCAGAACUAUUUGGUAUUAAGAAAAUACAAAUGAUGGACAAAUGUGUUUUGCUGUAGAAACAACUUCAAUAGGAGAGUACAGAUCUCACCUCUAUUUUCAGUUCAUUCAGGAUUUAUACUUAAUCAUAUGGUUGUGAGAUAUCUUUGCAAUAAUUUCAUUUUCUAUCAGAGAUACCUAAGUCUGUUUAAAGAUAGAAAUUACCCUCUACUUUCGUGAAAUGAGCACAGUUUUCAACCUAUUUAAUGCUCUAGGUGACUAAGAUGCUUGAAAGAUACAAUUUCUGGCUGUUGAGGAAGGUGGCCGAAGGAUCAUAGAAGGAGAGAAUUCUGCAGUGCAUUUUAAUUUCUGCGGUAAACCAGGAAGACCUUCAUAAAUUCUGCAACAUCUUGGUGGAUAAAGAAAAAAAAGUGGAAAAAUAGUCAUUUGCCUUCAAACCACCAAAUCGUUAUUAGUGUUUUUUAAUAACUCAUUAAGACACCAAAUGGGUUUCGUACUUUUUGAUAAAUUGUGUUUCUAUCUUUUGUACUAGCUUAGGUCAUUAGCAUUCAGACUCAUUAUCUCCUGGAACUUUUCCUUACUUUCCAUUUAUUACUGCUCCUCUGAGUGUACUGGAGCUGUUUGGGCUUGAGCAGGGUCCCAAACUCAUUCGGUGCUAACACAUUAUUUGUGGGUACAAUUUAACCAUCAGUUACUAGGCAGAGACAGAAAUUGCAGAGCCAGGACUUCAGACUCCCUCGUGCUAAAUCCAUUAGGAUGAACAGAUUGUAAACUGCCCAUUGCAAAUAUGAUAUGCAGCAAUUUAGCAUCAUGUUAAUACUUCAUAACCUCCAUCCCUUCCAUUUAUACAGCUUUUCCCUCCUGAAGCUUUCUGAAAUUGCUUCUGCAGUCAUUAUACUGCACCAAGCAGUUCAGAUUUAAUAGGAAUAGUUGUGAACAUUAGCUUCUGAAUGAUUUGAGGCCAUAUGGAAUUUUUUAUAUUUAGUUGGGUAAGUCUGAAGCAUUUGUUUCUAUUGUUUGUUACCAUCUUAUAAAAAAAAUCAGAAAAAUACUGACUUUCUUGAUUCGGGGGCUUUUGAGGCUUUAUUGCUUAUCUGUGGUAAUAACUUAAAGCUUUUCAGAAAUGGAUUUUUUAAUACAGUCUAUAAAAUAAACCUCUCACAAUUUG